UCCGGCGUGGGAGGGGCCCGAGCACCCCUAAAAAACCCCCAAAAAAACCCCCCAAAAAGCAACUUUGGGGGCGUGGCUUGCCGUGGGCGUGGCCCCACCGAGGGGGCGUGGCUCCGGGGAGGCGUGGCCUCGGGCGGAAGCGGCGGAACGCGCGAGCAUGUCCUCGGGCCGCCCCCCCGCUCCCUCGCCGCCCCCGGGGGCGCUCCCGGGGCCGCCCCCCCGCCGCCGCCGCCGCUGCCCGGCCCCGGGGCCGCCCCCGGGCUCCCCCGCCCCCAGCUCCGUCCCGGGCCGCCAUGACGUCUUCGUGACGUCACGCUCGGACUUCCGGGCGCAGCUGCGGCGCUGCCAGCGGCUGCUGGCGGCGGGCGGGGGGCCCGGUGCCCCCGGUACCGGGGAGCUGCGGCUGCACGGGCUGGGGCUCGCCGUGCCCCGCACCAUCAACCUGGCGCUGCAGCUGCAGGCGGGCGCGGGGGGCGCGCUGCGGCUGCACGCCAGCACCUCCUCCGUGCCCCUGCGCGACCCCCGGGAGCACCGGGAGAACCGGGAGAGCCGGCGGGACGGCGAGGAGGCGGAGCCGCCCCGGCACAACUCGGCCAUCCACAUCCGGCUGUGCCCCGAGGCGCCGUGCGCCUGACGGGGCACCGGGAGGGACCCGGGAACCGGGAGAGAGCCGGGAACC